AUGCACCACAUCUGGCUGUCUCUGCUCUCCGGCCUCUGCCUCCGUCUGACUUUCUUCAGCAGAGCCGAGGAAGGUCUCGAGUUCCCUAACUUCGACGGGAAGGACAGGGUGCUGGACAUCAAUGAGCGCAACUACAAGAAGGCUCUGAAGAGAUACGACAUGCUGUGCCUCUUCUACCAUGAACCCGUGCCGGCCAACAAGGGCCUGCAGAAGCAGCUGCAGAUGACAGAGCUGGUGCUGGAGCUGACAGCUCAGGUCCUGGAGGAUAAAGACAUCGGCUUCGGGAUGGUGGACUCCCAGAAGGAUGCCAAAGUAGCUAAAAAACUGGGUCUGGAGGAGCUGGGCAGUUUGUACGUCUUCAAGGACGACCGCGUGAUAGAGUUUGACGGGGAGCUCUCGGCCGACACGCUGGUGGAGUUCCUGCUGGAUGUGCUGGAGGACCCGGUGGAGCUCAUCAGUAAUGCCAUGGAGCUGCGGGCCUUCGAGAGGAUGGAGGAGGACAUUCGGCUCAUUGGCUACUUCAAAGGAGAAGAUUCAUACUACAAAGCCUUUCAGGAAGCCUCCGAGCGUUUUCAACCUUACAUCAAGUUCUUUGCCACAUUUGAUAAAGCUGUGGCGAAGCAUCUCUCCCUCAAGAUGAACGAGGUGAAUUUCUACGAGCCGUUCAUGGAGGAGCCAGCCAUCCUCCCCGGCAGGCCCCUCUCAGAGAUGGACAUUGUGGACUUUGUCACCCAACACAGAAGGGCUACUUUGAGGAAGCUCCGUGCAGAGAAUAUGUUCGAGACAUGGGAGGAUGACAUGGAUGGAAUACAUAUUGUCGCGUUUGCCGAGGAGGAAGAUCCAGAUGGCUACGAGUUCCUGGAGAUCCUGAAGGAUGUGGCCAGAGACAACACCAACAACCCAGAGCUCAGCAUCGUCUGGAUAGACCCAGAUGACUUCCCUCUGCUCACCACUUACUGGGAAAAAACCUUCAAGCUGGACCUGUUUAGACCUCAGAUCGGCGUGGUAAACGUCACGGACGCGGACAGCGUGUGGCUGGACAUGUCCAACGACGAGGACCUGCCCACCGCGGAGGAGCUGGAGGACUGGAUAGAGGACGUCCUGUCAGGGAAGGUGAACACAGAGGACGACGACGAGUCUGCAGACGAUCGGGACGGCCCUGACGACCACAUCAUGGAUGACGGCUACGACCACCACGACCGAGACGAGGACGAGGACGGCGAUGACUAA